AUGACGCCCACACUCCCCUCUUCGCGCCCUUUCGCCUCCGAGGCCGCCCACAUUCGGCCGUGGCAUCGAGUAGCCUCAUCAGACCACGCCCACGCUCGUCACACUACAUCUUCACACCAUAAUGACUGGGAUAAUAUGUAUAACAAGGAUGAUGGCAAGGGUGAUAAAGAUUAUAACGACAACGAAGAUAAAGAUUAUAACGACAACGAAGAUAAAGAUUAUAACGACAACGAAGAUAAAGAUUAUAACGACAACGAAGAUAAAGAUUAUAACGACAACGAAGAUAAAGAUUAUAACGACAACGAAGAUAAAGAUCAUAACGACAAUUAA